UGCCAUGAUCAAAAUGGCGGACAAAUUAAAUUUAGGAAAGACGACGUUUUUACCAAUUUAAGUCAUUUUUGGGACGUUUUCCCCAGUUUGUUGGUUUAGCGUGACACGCAAGAUAUGGCAGAAGCUUGCGAGACGCUGAAGAAGUACAAAACGACACCCGUUUGGGUCGUAGAAGACCAUAAUGAUGCACUGUACUAUAUCUACCGUGCCAUUGGCUCCCACCACCUGCCCCUGCACGGUGUGACCAUGGUGCACCUGGACUCCCAUCCUGACAUGCUCAUCCCAUGGAAGAUGCCUGCUGACACAGUCUUUGAUAGACAGGAGUUGUUUAAUGCCUUGAGUAUAGAGAACUGGAUCCUCCCUGCAGCCUAUGCUGGUCACCUGGACUGUGUGGUGUGGGUAAAACCACCCUGGGCUGAACAGAUACAGGAACAGACACUUUCAUUUUACAUUGGGAAGCACAGGACUUCAGGAACCAUCAGGGUAUCAAGUACAGAGUCCUACUUCCUAAGUGAGGCUCUGUAUGCACCUGAAAGUCAACUGGACAACAAGAGACUGAUAACUGUACAUGUCCUGACACUGUCAGGGUCAAGUCAUGCAACACAUGACAGAACAGAGCCUGAGGUGAAGAGAAGAAGAAGGGAUCAUGAGGCACAGGGGGACGUAGGAAAACAAGAUGACAAAGUCCAGAACUACCAAAAGUCCAAAGAUAGGCUAAACAGUGACAAAUGCACCAAUGAUACUGAUAAGCAGAGUUGUGAAGAGUGUAUACCAGAAGGGUUUAAAAUUGCAAACAGAAAGAUCAUGACAGAGAUACUUGAAAGUGUGAGAAAAAGCAGUGCAAUGAUUCUUGACAUCGAUCUGGAUUUCUUCUCAACCCAGAAUCCCUUUCAGGACCUUUUUACAGAUGAACAGUUCGACAUCAUUCACAAACUGUAUGAUUUUAAAAGACCCAGCAGCACCCAUGAGGACUCCCUCCUGGCAUACACAGAGGGGAGACAGCAGCUGUUGGAACAGCUGGAGAACAUCUGCACUGACCUUCAGAAUGGGACAGACCUGAAGGACAUCAAGUGUGACAGCAACAGGAGGGAUCUCCUAACAGCUCUUGUGAGUAGUAUGAGGGAAACAUUUAGGGACAACCUUGACUUUGAACUGAUCCACCUGGCAGGAUGUACCUGUGAUGAUACAGAGCUUCCGCAUCAUGUCAGCUCUCAGGAGGAGAUAACACAGCUUACUGCUGCCAUGGAAGCCAUGCUGGCCUGCCUCCCCAGACCUACUCUUGUUACUGUGGCAAGAUCAUCUGAUGAUGAUUACUGCCCAAAAUCUCAAGUAGAAAGUAUCCAGGAGAAAGUUGUCAAAUGUCUGGAGUCUCUAUAUGGUGAUAUUCAUGUACAGCUAGAAUAUCUCCAACAGGAGUAAAAAUACAUAAUUCUUAUCCUUUUGAGGUAGUUUCAUGCUGGCAAUGACUUGGCUUAAAAAUGAA